AUGCUUUACCUGGUACCAUGGAAAAUUCUAGCUCUCGAAUCCAAGACACCAAGUUCGAAAUUGACGACGAAGAGGACGUGGUGGAUGAUGAUAUUCAUAAUGUUGGGUUUGAUGAUUUGGGUCGAUGUUGGAAGCAGGCGGGGAUUCCUAAUUCCUGGUGAUCUCGUCGAAGUUAUGAACGAUGAACUGGACAUAAUUCGACCAUUUCUACCAUCGCCAGAAAUUGAACAAUUGGAUACUUCAAAUAUUCCCAAACUUGGACCACAAAUUCCUAGGGAAGUGACCAAGCCUAUAGUGGAUCAAAUGCUUGGGUUCUGGGCUGAAUCUGAAGCGAUUUAUCAAAGAACUUUUUCCGUGCUUGAUCAUGCUCACAGUCUUGUUGCUAAAGAUAAAUCUUUUCGGUACGCUACGCUGGUCGAGCUAGCUAAUGAAAUUAUUCCACGAAACAUUCCGAGAACCGAGGAUGGUACGCAUUCUUACCCUGCAUUGUAUGCUCUACAUCGGUCCCUUUUGCGCGAUGGGAUUGGCUUUCGGCCACAAUUGAGAGGCGCAACUAGAACCGGCGGGCAGUACGAAAUUAGCUCCAAAAUAGAGGUAAAGAAUAUUAUAAAUGUGGUCGAGGAGGUUCGCAAGUAUCAAAAGGCUCCAGCCACGAACUUUAAGUUUCAAAAAAGCUCUCUACUGAAAUGGGUGAAAGAUUGUCAGGGAGCUGUAGACGAGAGUCGCAAAUCACGUCAGCUCACAACUCAUGGUACUAUUAAAACGCUAGCUGCAUCGGAGGAUAAUAAUAACAUUCGACGGAAAGUUGCUCCAUCACCAUAUACAGAAUUUAUAAAAUCAUGGGCGGCUUUCCAGACCAUUGAUCGCAAUUCUACAAUCAAUGCAGCGGGUUCAGCCCUUCUUCGAUUCAUGGAACGAUACAAGAACUUACAAUUGGAUCAAAGCACCGCGUGGACUUUUUUGCAAGAAAUUGGUGCUCAUGAAGUUGAUGAUGGAGUGUCCAUCGAGCGCACUGGAACACCAGGCGAGUAUUGGGUUCAUGUUCAUGCAGCGGAUCCUGCGUCACGAUUAGAAGCAAAGGGUGAGGUUGCGGAUGAAAUCGCAAAUCGCACCGAAACGAUUUACUCGCCCAGUGAAGUUCAUUUCCUAUUGCCGUCCGAUUUCGUGCAAGAUAACCUCAGUCUCGACACGAGCCGUCCGUCUUUAACAUUUAGCGCAAAGAUGAAUUUGAAUGGUGAUAUAUUGGAGACACACAUAUCUCCGCGCACCAUUCUAGAUGUAAAAUUUAUGACGCCCCAGGUGGUUCAAGAAGUCAUUUCUGGUGGCAAUUCUCAAAGUUCUAAAACAAGUACUACUACCACCACCGUUGGCUUGCCCAUUGCCCCCGUUUCGGAGAAGAGGAACAUGCUUCAGAGCAGUCAGCUUUCUCACGAGCACAAAGACGACCUCCGAAUACUACAUAAAAUUGGCGAUGCUCGGCUCAAGCAACGUGUAGCCAAGGGCGGUGUCUCCAUGAACUCUGCUCAAAUGGAUGUGUCAGUCUCACCCACAGGGGCAACGAUCCAGUUACAGAAAGAACAAUUCAAUCCAGGAUCGAGAAUAGACGCAGUUGCACCACUUAUGCUAAUCGCUGCUGAAGUUGCAGCGCAAUGGUGCCACGAAAGAGGUGUUCCAAUCCCUUAUCGUAUCACUGCUCGCAACGUAAGCAAAAGAGAUCCACUGGAUUUCUACAAGGAGGUCGUAAUACCAUCCUUGGACGAAAAUGGCUAUCCUCCAGCAAGUAUUGCUGUACAAUAUUUUCAGCUACUUGGCUCAAUACUUCCAUCCACCAUACCGGGCCCGCACAUAGCUGUCGGCGUUGAAAUGAUGGCUAAAUGUACAAGCCCUCUACGUCGAUAUGGAGAUUUAUUACUCCACUGGCAAGUCCAGGCAACACUUCGAGAAGAAGCACGUCUAGGGCAUGAUCUCAGAGGUAACACCAAAGAAGACUUCCUUCCUUUCUCAAAAGUCGAGCUUGACCGCAUCAUAACACAUCUUGAUGCUCGCGAAAGGAUGAUCAAACAAGGCAACAGGAAUUCGAUUAGACAUUGGCUAUGUCAUUUCUUAGUCCGCGCAUGGCGGUUUAAAGAGGCUGCCCUUCCUCCCACCUUCCGAUUUACUGUUAGUCAGGCUAGGUCUGAUAGCACUUGGGGUACAUUGGACUUCUUUGAUGCCUAUGCAAGAUUAGUAGGAUCUGAAACUCGUGAUAUUGGAGAUGUAAAAGCUGGCGAUUUGUUUGAGGUUGAGUUGGAAGAUGUCAAUGUAUACUUACGUAGCAUAACUGUUAAAGCGAUUCGUCGUUUGACAUAA